AUGUCAUUGGAUAGCAUAGAAAGAUCUGGGUAUGAGAAGGAUGUUAUUGGACCCCUUGGAAUUCCUUCAUUGCCAGUCAUGGAAAAGAAAUCUAUGGUUCAGUUGAAGUCAACGAGGAGUGGAUCGUCAAGAGAAUAUUGUGCAAGUGAUCCCGCAGAUAACGAUGCAUGGAAAGAUAAAGGCACUGGUCAGCUUGCUAUCAAAUGUAAAGAGGGCGUUAACAAGAGCACAAGAGAAUCCAAGCCAACAAUUCUCGUUCGAAAUAUGUUUCUUCUUACUGUGGGGAAAGUGUUGCUAAAUGCAUUGUUAUAUCAUGGCAUCAAGACGAAAAUGCAGAAAAAUUCCAUUGUUGCGACAUUUCAUACAGCGGGUAUAUCCAGUAACAAGUUUGAUUUGCUCGUCGAGUGCUCGACUUUCACGACGGAAUGCUCCAGUGAUGAGCCGGAUGUUGUUGAGGUGCCUCAAUUAGAACAGGGUCAGUCAGAAAUAGGAACAUCUGCAGUGGCAAGAAUGGCAGAGAACAAGGAGGCAUCGCCGGAGAGCACCGGUGCUGAGAAUUUUGCUCAAGACUUGGGCAGUUUGAGUACAGCAGACACUGAAUAG